CGUAAUUCUCUAUGCUAUGAUUUUAUCGACAGGGUCAGAAAAUGGAUGUAGCCACGUAGUUCCCAAACCGAAAAUGGACGUACUGGCGAUAGUGUACGGGCAAUUUCGAUGGUAACAGAAAAGAGGCCGGCAUGGUCUCUCUCAAGUUUUUCUCUGCUCUGAUAGAUACGCGACAGCAGUGAGCGCAUCAUCUCCAGGGUGUUCGCGCGGGUUGCGCGAGUGAUAGAAUGCUUGUACUUCCCAUCUGAGAUAUCGAAAGAGAAAGAGAGAGGGUGAAUUAAAAGUGUGCGUGUGCGUCGUCGUGUGUGUACGCGUGAGAGAGAAAGAGAGAGAGGAGAGAAAAAUAGGGUGAGAGCGAGCGGUGCGGCAAAUCCGCCACUGUCCCCGGCGCCGGUGGGAUGAUCAAGGAUAUGGCGGACGAUGAGGCCAUACAGGCCACCAACGACGACGCCAGCGAGUGCAAGCGUUACGCGGUGCAACUCGGCUACUGGUGCGACCCGUUCAUCAGUCUGUUUGUCAAACAGACCGCCCGGAAGGCGCCUGAGAUCAAUCGCGGUUACUACGCCAGAGUCAAGGGCAUCGAGCUCUUCGUCGAGAAUUUUCUCAAGCUUUCUGGCGGUAAAGGUCAGAUCAUAAACUUGGGUGCUGGUUUUGACACUCUUUAUUGGAGACUCAGGGAGACAGGGAAUAGUCCUGCGAAUUUCGUGGAACUCGACUUUCCCAGCAUAACUGCAAAGAAAUGUUAUCACAUCAAGAAGCACAAGCAAUUAAUCGAUAUGCUAAACACCGAAGACGGAGAAAUCCGAUUUUCGACCACAGACCUGCACGCCGCAAACUAUCAUCUGGUUGGUACAGAUCUGCGACACAUAGCGGAGCUAAAUAACAAAUUGGCCCAAGCUGAAGUCAAUUUCAACUCACCUACUAUGUUCCUCGCAGAAUGUGUUCUAGUGUACGUAGACGCUAGCGCGACAUCGUCACUAUUAAAAUGGCUAGCGGGCAAGUUUCCGAACAGUCUUUUCGUCAGUUACGAACAGGUGAACAUGAAGGACAAAUUCGGUCAGGUCAUGUUGUCGAACCUUCGCAGCCGUGGAUGCUUAUUGGCGGGCGUGGAGGAUUGUGAGUCGUUAGAGACUCAACAGAGACGAUUUACCAUAAACAAUUGGGAAGGCACGAGCGCGUGGACGAUGGUGGAUGUUUAUGAUUCACUGCCUGUAAUGGAUCGUAGUCGAAUCGAGCACAUAGAGAUGCUGGACGAACGAGAGCUCCUUACCCAGCUGCUCCAGCAUUACUGCAUCGCCGUUGCUUGGAACGGACAAACAUUUAAAAAUCUGUCUAUAGCACAGGGUUAGGUAUCACCGCCUAACUCCUUCUCUCUGUGUCUCUCUUGCGAGUUACUCCAGGUAAUGACAUCAUGUAAUUCGGGCUCGACGAGCUCUCGCAAGUUACGUAAUACCCCGAUCAACAGCAGGAGAUUAACGUUUCUCAGAUUGCGCUUAAGUACAUCUCGAGUUAGGGCUUAAGCACAAAAAUGACCGUAACUAAGUCGUGAAACGUAAGUUAUAAUUGUAGGUUGUGUUUUAAUUGUUCUAUUACGUCUCUAUUAUUUCGUCUCAAAGCUUCCGAGGAGGUACAGGACUCAUCUUUAAUAUUAAAGUAGAUGAUUGUUAUAAAACAAAUAGAUGUAUUGUUGGUAUACAUAUUCUCUUGUGUCACUAUGCGUUGGUUCACGUGGAGGCACACGUCGCGGACGAGAUUUAGUUCUUAUUUUUUUCAACUCUAAAAUUCUUUAGGGAUAUUUUUUAAUUAAUUUUAUUGUAAUGUUCCCUGAACUCUUUUCAUAGUUCCAAAACAUUGUGCAUUGACCUACGACUCACGUUUCACGAUUCAGUUAUAACCAUCUUUGUGCUGAGGUUCUUAAUCGACAAAUUGAAAUAGUUUACGUCACGAGAAAAUAGUAUCCUCUGAUUAAAAAUACUUUUAAUUUUUCGUCUACAAAAACAUCUCGUAAUGAUUUUGAUAUAAGCUUUAAAUAUAUUCUGCGUUCUUCACUCUCAAGAGAAGGGCUAAAUAGUGUACACGAAUUUCAUCAAACUUUAAAUAUGUUUUGGUAUUUACCUUCGAAAGUUUUGGAAUUUUUAAUUGUAUUAUGAAAAGAAAUUAUUUCGUAUGAUUGCAGGUUAAAAUAUGCGUUAAAAUAAUUGUAUAAUAAUGAAAUAAUCAUUUUUCUAUUACGUGCGUUGCCUAAUCAUUCACUUAAACGCACAUUCUAUAAAAAUGUACAUACAUAAAGCGCACAAGAAACUUCCGAUAUAAAAUUCUCGUAAAUACUUGAAUAUCAUGUG